AACGCUCCUGCUCUAAUGUAUAUAAAGGUUGAGAACCCAACGGGUACUCGAGGCAGAUCAUCAUCAGACAUGUUCGGGAAGAUCAUCCUAACGUUUUCGGUCCUGGCCUGGGCCAGCGCCCAGAUUCCCAGUCUGGGCUUCUGUCCAGAGUACAUACCCAUGGCAAACUUCGAUAUGCAAAGGUUCCUUGGCGUUUGGUACGAGUCUGAGAGAUACUUUCAAUUAACCGAAGUGGUAUCUCGAUGCGUUAUGACAAAUUAUACCAAAGGUCUCGAUGGCAGAUACCACGUGAGCAAUGAAGUCACGAAUCGUUUUACCGGUGUAAAGAGAAUACUGGAUGGCGAAAUUAAGCCCGCAGCUUCCAAGGCCGAGGAGGGUAAACUUCAGGUUAAAUAUACCACAAUUCCACUGACACCCGAGACUAAGUACUCGGUACUCGAAACGGAUUACGACUCAUAUGCCGUUUUAUGGAGUUGUCAAGGUAUCGGUCCUGUUCAUGCACAAAGUGCUUGGGUAAUGACGAGGGAACGAAUACCGCCUGGAGAAGUACUUCAAAAGGCUUACGGCGUUCUUGACAAAUACAAGAUAUCAAAGACAUUCUUCGUCAAGACCGAUCAGGCGGAUUGCGCCUAUCUGGACUCCCGCAUACCAGAUGAACCCACCACGAAGAAACCGGUGAGACAGAAUUCGCAGACGGCCGCAUCAAACGUUAAAUCGGCCAUCGCCCUAAACGACGACGAAGCGAGGGAAGAAGCGGAAGUCGGGAUUCUGGCCGAGAAACCGUCCCUCGACAGCUCGAAGAUAAUAGCGGAGGAAUCCACGAAGGUCGAGCAGUCCGUGGAGACCGUUCCCGAACGAAUUCUGAAGGUAGCCGAAACGAUAAAAGAGGAAGCCGACGUCAAUGCUAAAACGAUCAUUGUCGAAGUUAAGGAAGAGCUCGCCGCGGAAAACGCGAAGGAGAGCGGCGAUAGCCCAAAGAAGAAAAUGUUGCGGAUAUUUAUAAUUGUUAUCAUUGCGAACGCAGCGAUAGCCCAAGUGCCAUUCUUGGGUACGUGUCCAAACUUGGAGGCAGCGCCACAUUUGGAACUUGAUAAAUAUUUAGGGAAAUGGUACGAAGUCGAGAGAUACUUUGCGUGGUUCGAAUUUAGUGGAAAAUGUGUGACAGCUAAUUACAGUCUGAACGAUAAUGACACGGUGAAGAUCGUUAAUAAGCAAAUUUCGUCAUUAACUGGAGUAGCAUCGAGUAUCGAGGGCAUUGGAAGGUUAAUUGGUAGAUCCGAUGAUUCUAAAUUGACCGUCACUUUUCCAUCCUUGCCACUACCGUUCGAUGCGCCUUAUUGGGUUCUAGACACAGACUACGAGUCAUACGCCGUAGUAUGGAGCUGUACAAAUCUCGGAGUGUUCAACGUACGAAACGUUUGGAUUUUAACGCGAGAACCAAAGCCGCCAGUCGCAGUUUUAGAAAAAGCUUAUCAAGUUAUCGAUAGAAACAACAUUAGCAGAGCAUACUUUAUUCGCACAGAUCAGAAAAAUUGCCCGGCUUCGGGCAAUUAUUAAGAACGAUUCAAGUAUCUCCACGGAAAUAUGUUCAGUAAAGAAUGAAGUGUUUUUGCGACGUCUCUUUGAAUUACGGAUUAGAAUAUCUAUAGCCGGCAGCGAUAUGAAUGCAGACUUUGAUCAUGAUUAUGCAGGCAUUUUAUUACCACUAUUUGCGAGUGUUCUUGAAUUAAUAUAAUUGAUACAGACAUCUAUACUGCACUCGAAGUAAGAAUACUGCGUAAUUGUAGUGCUUCAUACUUAAAAAUGUUUUCCAUAUCUGUGAUUCUUAACGCAAUGUGUGAAAAAUUACACUUAUAGUUUUUUUUAUAAUAAAGUUUAAGAAAUUUUAUUAUAAAUUAAUCGGAAACAUAUAUAUAUAUAUAUAGCAUUAUUAUAAAAUGGGUAUGGUUAUGUAUAUUUGUAUUGAUAACACUUUGAAUGCGAGAUACGGGUUUUAAUUUGUCCAUUUGUUUGUGUGAUAUAUAAUUAUUAAAUAAAAAAGUAGAAGAGAAAAUAAAGAGAGAAAGAGAGAGUAUUUUGUAAAAAUAUAAAUAUAUAUAUAUAUAUAAUUUAUAUGUAGAAUACUUGUUUUAUAGAAAUCUAUCUCUAAAAAUAGGUAGAUUCUAUUGUAAAGCAAAAAUUAAUAAAUAAUUCGUGUAAAAUUUUUUCUUUAUAUGUACUUUAUAUAAACUUAUAUUUCUUAUUAAGGAUGAUAAAUCUUAAAUUCUCUUGUCUACUGAGAAGCAUCUGAAUAAUAAAAUAAUCUUGCAAUCAAAGUGUUAAGAUACAAACAUAUACAAUAUAUGUACAUUUAUAUCUUUAUAUUUAUAGUUAUAUUUAUAUUUGUUUUCUACGUGUAGGUAUUCUUUGUUAAUCACAAAUGAUUGUUUUAUAUAUACGUUUAUUUAUUGAAAAUAUAUCACGAUUAAGACUGAACGACAAUUUGUCUUAACUUUUAAAAUUGUUAUAACAUUUUUUGAAUGAAAUGAAAAAGAUAUUAUUUAUCAGAUUA